AUGAGGACGAAACCGACUCUGACGUUCUCGAAGCUGGACGAGGAGACUGGCGAGAUGCUCGACAGAAUGUUCGAGAAGAAGGACUGCAUGGUGGAGAUCAACCCCGGCCGGGUGAUACUUCCGGCUGAUUAUAUGACGAUAGGCCACGACAUAUUGGAAAUGGAGGUGCUGGCGGACGACGUUUGGAUGUGCUCCUACCCGCGGACGGGUUCAACCUGGGCACAGGAAAUGGUUUGGCUUAUUGGACACGAUCUCGACUAUGAAGGUGCUAAAUCACUACAACAAUGUUUAGAAACGAUUCGAUGCCCCCUCGUGGAGCUCUCGUGCAUCAUGGUGGAUGGGCACGCGGAGUGGCACGACGAGUCGGUCAAAGGCACGUCAGUGGACCUGGUCAAGUACCGGCUGGCCCAUCCCCGGUACAUCCGCAGCCACCUGCCCUGGGACCUGCUGCCGCUGGACAUACAGAAGGAGGAUGGCGCGGCCAAGCCAAAGGUGAUUUACACAUCUCGCAACCCCAAAGACAUGGUGGUGUCCUAUUACCACUACUGCAAGCUGGUGCACGGUCUAAAGGGGUCAAUCGAAGAAUUCUGUGACAUCUUCAUGAGAGACCGAGCUCCAUUUGGGCCCGUCUGGAAUCAUAUAUUAGGAUUCUGGAGCAGACGUCACGAUCCCAACUUGCUGUUCAUCAAAUUCGAGGAGAUGAAGCGCGACCUGCCCUCGGUGAUCAGGAAAACCGCCAAGUUCUUGGGGAAGACGCUAAGCGACGAGCAAGUGUUCAAACUGUGCGACCACCUCUCCUUCGAGAAGAUGAAAGGCAACAGAGCGGUGAACCUGGAGGCGAUAUUGGAGAAAUCAUUCGGGAAAAACUACCUGGAACAGACCGAGUUGAGGUUCAUCCGGAAGGGUGAGAUCGGUGAUUGGAAGAACUAUAUGUCGGAAGACCUGUCACGCAGGUUCGACGCUUGGGCCGAGCAGCAUUUGAAAGGCACCGAGCUGAGCUUUGAG